UACUGAAACUUCUUUUUUACCCAGAGAUGUGCUUAAUUCACCAAGGAAUCUUCUAUGGACAAUAAUUGAGAGUGUCUCGGAUAGGACUUCUAUUCACCAGUAGAUCAUGAUUUCUCCUCGCUAUAUAUACAAGACCCGCGGCUACCAGAACAUACGGACAAGUCGACAACCUCAAUUCUCAACGGAAAAUACCUGCGCGCCUGCGCGGGAAUUGACUCGCACAUAUCGAACUAUCACACAGUACAGCAGUACUCAGUGUGCACACCAUGAAGGCCAUUUCAGUGUUGCAGCUUCUCCCCUACGACCUCUUCCUCGCGCUCUCGUCCGCCUCGACGCCGGCCGCCCCCGCCGUGCGCGCCGACCUUACGCACGUCGACAGCGGCCGCGGCUUCACCAGCCGCGAGCUGCUCCGCCGCUUGGCCACCCGGUCUCGAGCCCGCGCGUCCCGCCUCUACUCCUCUUCCUCAUCAUCAUCAUCCGCUCGCCCGGCCGGCGCCGGAAGCCACGCGGUGACCGCGCCCUUGGCCCGCGGCACGGUGGGCGACGCCGACAUCGACUCCGAGUACCUGAUCCACUUGAGCAUCGGCACCCCGCGGCCGCAGCGCGUGGCGCUGACCCUGGACACGGGCAGCGACCUCGUCUGGACGCAGUGCGCGUGCCACGUCUGCUUCGCCCAGCCGUUCCCGACGUUCGACGCGCUGGCCUCGCAAACCACCCUCGCCGUCCCGUGCUCCGACCCAAUCUGCACCAGCGGGAAGUACCCUCUCUCCGGGUGCACCUUCAACGACAACACCUGCUUCUACCUCUACGACUACGCCGACAAGUCCAUCACCUCCGGCAGGAUCGUCGAGGACACCUUCACCUUCAGAUCCCCCCAGGGCAACAACGGCAGCAAGGCCCACGCCGGCGUGGCCGUGCCGAACGUGCGGUUCGGCUGUGGGCAGUAUAACAAGGGGAUCUUCAAGUCGAACGAGUCCGGCAUAGCGGGCUUCAGCCGCGGCCCGAUGUCGCUCCCGUCGCAGCUCAAGGUGGCUCGCUUCUCGCACUGCUUCACGGCCAUCGCGGACGCCAGGACCAGCCCGGUGUUCCUGGGCGGCGCGCCGGGUCCGGACAACCUGGGAGCGCACGCCACGGGGCCGGUCCAAUCCACGCCGUUCGCGAACUCCAACGGCUCGCUCUACUACCUCACCCUCAAAGGCAUCACCGUGGGGAAGACGAGGCUGCCUCUCAACGCGUUGGCGUUCGCGGGCAAGGGGACAGGCUCCGGCUCCGGGGGCACGAUCAUCGACUCUGGCACCGGCAUCCGGACGCUCCCGGGCCCCAUGUACCGGAGCCUCCGGGCGGCGUUCGUGGCGCGGGUGAAGCUGCCCGUGGCCAACGAAUCGGCCGCCGACGCCGAGAGCACGCUGUGCUUCGAGGCCGCCCGCUGUCGAGGGGCUCCCUCGGCAAUACCCUGAUUGGAGGAUUUUCGACUGAAGGAGAGCAUGGGGUGCACCAUCGAUCUUGUCGACUAACAAAUACUAGGGAACCGCAAGGUUUACCCAGGUUCAGGGCCCUCGGAAGGUAAAACCCCUACGUCCUGUUUUUGGUGUAUUGUAUUGAUCGGGAUUACAGAGGAGCUAUGAAGCUACGAUGCGCAGAUGAAUCUGGCGUGAAUGUGUAGAGGUUCCCCUUCCCGACUCCCCCUCCUAGCCUUAUAUACUGGCGGCUAGGUCUCGGGCGUGAUAAUCGGGAAGGUUACAAUCAAAUCAGUUUAUUCUGGUACGAUAAGAUCACGUUCCUUAACUUGAACCGCACUUUGAGGGACUCGACCUGCAUAUACUUUUUGGGCCUUCGAGUGGACCCCCUGAUGGGCUGCAUCAGGUAUAUGAAGGUAGAGAAAUCGAAGAGUUAUUCCCUCGUCAGUUAGCCCCCGAAUCCCUGUUCGAGGUGCAACCACGGGUAGGGACUCAAGAGUCUAUGUUUCAGUAACUUGAUCACAUGUCAAGACACAGAUAAUCUUCUGGUUUUAACUGUUCGUUA